CCAUUAGACGGUCUAUAUAAAAUAUAUUAUCUUAAAGUGUUUUGUGCUUAGUCUGGAACAAGGUUUCCACACAGUUUCAAGAAAGCUUCCACUCUAUCUUCUGCUUGAUUAUAUUCAGACGCAACGCCAAGGAAGAAAGUAAAUUUGUUGUCGCGUAGAAGCGGACAUUCUACUACCUUAGGCACAAUCAUAGCAGUUGUCGGUAAUUGCAACUGAUUGUUUUUAUUUUACAUUCGUGCAAAGUUCGGUGCAUUUUAAUUUUAUGAAAGGUGAGAAGUGUUGUUUUAAAUAAAUUAGCAACUUAAGUGAUACAAUUCGGUGCAAAAAACUAUGUCUAUACAAAGACCAAAUUGUAAUUUAUUGAUUUACGGAUUGCAUACGUGUGGUUGAACAAUAAAAGUUUUACAGAUUUAUUCAGAAUAAAUAAUAAAAAUAAUUCGUGAAAGAUAAAGAAUGUUUUUCACAAAUGAAAGAAAAAAUAAAAUUACGUGUUCUUCAUCGUUUAUGUUUAAUUAAGAUUACUGUUUUUUUUGAACAUUGAAACGCUACAAGGACAAUAUCAUAAAAUUGAUCUUAUGCACUACGUGUUCAUAUCAAGAAUUAAAGAUGAACGGAUUUAGCACAGGUGAAGAAGAUUCUAGAGGAGCUACAGAUCAAAUUUGUUGUCUCGUCGAUGAAGGCGAACGAUGUUCUCGCCCAGCUGGCAAUGCUUCUUACAGCAAACGUAUACAAAAGACUGUAACACAGCGACGUCUCAAACUUAAUUUGGAUCAAAUGGCACGUCACACCUAUAUUUGUGAUUAUCACAAACAAGUGAUACAAUGUGCAAGAUCUAAACAACAGCAACAACGUAGACGAAAAGACUCUGAAGAAGAUUCAGGUGAAACCGAUAAUGAUCUUCCAGAAGUGGAUUUAUUCCAAUUACAAGUUGGUACUUUAAGGCGCUAUAAACGACACUAUAAAGUCUCUACUAGACCAGGCCUCAACAAAGCCCAACUGGCUGAUACUCUAAUGAAACAUUUUAAGACUAUUCCUGUAAAUGAAAAAGAUGCCUUAAGUAUUUUCAUUUUUACAGUUAAAACCAAUGCAAAUAAAUUGGAUCAAAAGAAUGGUUUAAGUAAUGAUACAACGUAGCUAAGGAUGAAUAUUCAUGAUCAUUCAUCGCUGUAAUAUUAGUAAGAAGGAAAGCAUACAUGUGUGAGUUCUCACUUGUUAAUAAGUAUUUUAUAAGAGUUGUGUACACUGUGUAUAAAAUUAUCUUUGGAAAAAAUA